AUGGGACGAUGGGACUAUGGCCCUGAGGGCAGUGGAUACUAUGAAGUGAACGAGAGUCCUCACUUGCUAGAAUCCGUGACACGCAAAUACAUCCCAGUCGGAUGUUCCCAGUAUAUCUACCCGACAGCCCACACCGCGUUGGAAAAUUCUGCUUCAACGCCAGCCAAGACCUGCAUCUACACCCCAAUACGGAGUCCUUCUGUACACGACAUUCCCAAUGAAGAAUCAAAAAAGACGCGGCGGACGCGGGGGUCGCACCCCUCCCACCCACGCGUGCCCCCCUCAAAAGCCAUCACCCCAGGCACAGCCGUCAACAUCAUCCUCAAAGCCGACCAGCCCACAGGACGGACAGUAUCAGGGACAGUGAGCGAACUACUCACGCGUGGCGAUCACCCACGAGGCGUCAAAGUGCGGCUGACCGACGGGCGCGUCGGAAGAGUCCAGAGCCUCCGGAGCGGUGAGCCGGAAGAUGACGGAAAGAGCGCCCAAGAGAGCGCUGGGAUUCAAGUAAGAGCAGAGGGAGGGGAUGUGAGCGGGAGACGCAAUCGUUUUACCUCGCGUGAUAUGCGUCUUGAUGGGCCUGAGGAGCCUUCGGCUGAGCCCCUUGGGCUGGAUAUGUUUAUACGCCCUGCGAAGGUGAAGAAGGGGAAGAAGACGCAGGCUGGACGGGAUGAGCGGCUGGAGGAGAGGGCUGAGGACACAGGUGGUGCUGCUCAGGUACCGGGCUCUCUCAAGUGUCCUGUGUGCGCUGACUUUGAGGGCGAUGAAGCUGCUGUGGCGCACCACGUUGCUGGUCAUUUCGGAGAAUCAGUGGCCAUGAGUUCUGAAUAA